AUGCGUAAUCAACUCAUCAGCCACGAGAUGCCCGCUGUACACCCCGCCAAAAAGAUCAAUUGUAUGCAGGGGGACCAGCAGAUGUUUCAAAAGAAUAGAGAAAAAAGCAAAGCAGCAGGGAAUGCUGAUAGGCGGUUAACCAACAGGGCUUUAUCGCAGGUUACAGGGCUUCCUGCAAAAUGCGAGCGAGAAAGCCAAGGCUCUGCGACUCAGAAGUUGGGUAGAGAAAUCGAUUGGUCUAGAGGAACUUUUGAGCACUUCCGACUGAUGUUCACCUUCCCGGGGAAUAGAUCGGAUGAAUGA